GCUCAAAAAAUGAUUUAUGUAAGGCGUCGCCAAAACCUUUCUUCUUAUUGGACUUGUUAGGCAGCUCCUGAAAAACCCUAAUUCUCACCUUCUUCUCUCCGUUCAUUUCCAAUGGCUUCCCGCUGUCGAUCUCUUGCAACCCCAACUAUUUCCCUCAUCAAAUCCACCUUAACCAAACCCUCCAUUAAAGCAACACCAGCUUCUUUCUUCACCGUUCGUUCUUCGCCCACAAUUUCCAGGUUGGUUCCGCGGUUGGGUUCCCUUGAAUCUCUGCUUCCCCUUCAUUCAGCAGUCUCUUCGGCGCGGCUAACUUCGUGUCUUGGAAUCGAUUCGGUGUCUUCGAGGUCAUUGUCUCAGGGUAUGCUCUGCAGUGCCAAUCCAGGAGUUUGAUAUCUCCAUUCUUUGUAAUUUUUUAUCUAAUUAGGUCUCUGUGUGCCGCGAUAAGGGAUGGAAUUUAGGAGAAUGCUCUGAUUGAAGUGUGGCUAUACACAAAAGGAUGCCGAAUCAUAUAUUCUGUUCAUCAUAUUGGAGCUGCCCCAGUAUCUAUUUGUUGUUUAGGUUGAGGUUAUAACUGAUGAGACAACUCCACUCCCGAAUAUGUUCCCCCAAUUCAUUACACUCACUUUUCCCAUAAUUUUUCUUAUCUGAGUAUUAUCAACACCACAUGACCCCCUAGCGAAUAAGACUGAUUACCCUCGUUUUUCGGGUGGUUUUUCUUGGC